CGCUGUAUUGCAUCUCUUUAGGAAAGGACACUGUAUGAAGGUUUGAGGCUCUCUGAGGUCUAAGUGACCUGUCGUCUCAACCCUCAACAUGCCUCAACAAUCUGAUGAGCAUUUGCUGAGUGUCUUUGAGAAGCUGAACAAGCUGUCCUUUCGCAGACAGCAGCUCAUGGACAGACGCAAUGUCCUGUCCAUGCUCAUCCAAUUCAAGCGGAACAACGGGCAAAAUGAGCAAGAGUAUUCCAAAGAAACUGGAGAACUUCAACAAAUUGACGAGGAUCUUAAAGUUCUCUCUGACAGGAAGAUUGAACUUGAGAAAAUGCAAGAGGGCGGCUCUCUUUUAAUAGACACAACUAAGUCAUCUAGCGUCAUAUUUGUAGACAGUCCACCUCCGUUUCCAGCUCCGCAGGUUAUUCUGGAUGUUAAGCAACUUCCCCGACACUCCUCUAAGACACAGUGUCCGUUCUGUCGGCAAUAUAUAACCACAGAGGUCAUGACCAAAGCUGGCAGUGUGACCUAUCUUCUGUGUUUGAUUUCCAUGGUUUUUUGUUGUGUAGCUGGCUGCUGUCUAAUCCCGUUCUUCGUGGAUUCCUGCAAAGACGUCACUCACAAAUGUCCAAAAUGCCGCAGUAAUAUAAACACGUGCAAAAAGUUCUGAGGAAUGGAACCGUAAUAAUGUCAAUUGAACUGAAUCACCAGCAUCUGUACUGGAGAGUCUUAUUUUUGAUUAUCGCACACAACUAAGGCGGUUGGAA